AUGAAGGUCUCUUACCUAUAUUGGAAUGCUCGGGGUCUCGGAAAGUCGAGAAAGCGUCUUAAAAAUUUGGUAACAAAGUUUCACCCUAAACUUCUUGUUAUUGCUGAGCCUAUGGCUAGAAUCUCUCGUUUAGAUAUGUGGCAUGAUAGAUUGCAUUUUGAUGGUUGUUGCUCUAAUGUUGAGGAAGGCGGCAAAUUAUGGUUGUUUUGGUCUCAAGAUUUACACCUUGUUGUCGAGAACAUGGGUGAUCAAUUUUUGACUGUUAGAAUCACUAAUCUGAAUGAUUUUCGUAUUACUUUUGUUUAUGCGAAAUGUUCCUAUUUGGAGCGUAGAAGAUUGUGGGAUUCUUUGAUGGGGGCUAAUAUUCAUCAUCUUCCUUGGAUGGUCAUGGGUGAUUUUAAUAUUAUUAGAAAUGACUCGGAGCGUAGAGGGGGCAGGCCAAGGUUGGCUUUGGCUAUGGAGGAGUUUAACAGUUGGGUGGGUUCUUGUGGGCUUCUUGACAUGCCUUCCUGUGGGAAUUCUCUUUCUUGGUGUAAUGGUCAUUCUGGUAGAUCACGGCACUGGGCUCGUCUUGAUCGUUGUCUUUUCAACACAGUGGCUCUCGAUGCUUUUCCUGGUGCUAAUAUGGAAUACUUGGCGCGCACUUCUUCUGAUCAUGCGCCGAUGGCAGUCUCGUUGGAGAAUCAGCUUAUUCGGUAUGGCUUUCCUUCCUUUAAAUUUCAGCAAAUGUGGGUUUCUCAUGCUCAGUUUUUUUAUUGUGUCUCGCACUCUUGGAAUGGUGAUGAUGUUGGGGGAUCUCGUUUGUAUAUGCUUGUUACUAAACUUAAACGUCUCAAAAUUGCUUUGAGAACUUGGAACAAACACACCUUUGGUAAAACUGUCUCUCACAUAGCGGCUCUUAAGAAUCGUAUAAAGGGCUUGGAGGCAAGUUUACAAACUGAGUAUGCUGAAGACGUGGAGGAUGAUCUUGUUGCCUCCCAGUUGGAGCUAUCAGUCUGGUUGAAUAGGGAAGAACAACGCCUAGCCCAACAAGCCAAACAACGCUGGAUUCAGAAGGGUGAAGCAAAUUCUGCUUUCUUUCGUGCUGUUAGUCGUCGUAAUCAUAAAGAGGUUAAAGCGAUGCAGCUAGAGGAUGGUUCUAUUCUCUCCUCACCUAAACAAAUUCAUGACGGGGCUAUCACUUAUUUUUCAAAUUUCUUGAAAGCAGGUAACAGUUGUGAUGAGCCUAAUCUGGGGGACUUAGUUCAACUGACUAUUUCACAAGAUGACAACGAUCUCCUUUCUUGUGUUCCUUUGUCUCAAGAAGUCUAUGAUGCUCUUUGCUCCAUUCCGGAAGAUAGUAGCUCGGGUCCUGACGGUUUUGGGUCGGGUUUCUAUCGAUCUUGUUGGCAUAUUGUGGGCACCGAUGUUGUUGCUGCUGUGUCAGAGUUUUUUCAAGGUAUGGCUCUCCCUCGGUUUUUCAAUGCUACUCAUCUGGUUUUAAUCCCAAAAGUUGAAAAUCCGACGAGUUUUGAUAAGUUUAGACCGAUUAGCUUGUGCAAUGUCUUCUACAAAAUUUGCACUAAAAUCAUGGUUAAUCGCUUAUCCCCCCUGCUUGCUAAUUUUAUUUCUCCUGAACAAUGA